AUGACGACACUACAGAAUGCAAAACCCGAAUUACCGAUGAGGGCGGAAAGUCUCACCCGGAUGCUCGCGCUGGAAAAAAAAUACAAGAUUCAGCGACUACAAGACAUUGGUUCAACACCGCCGCUCACACCACUAGGAGCCCCCAUUACAAGAUCAGCUUCUUCCGCACAGCCUAAUCCGGUACUGAAAGCUCGGCAUGCCAGCGCUCUUCCGCCUGCCCCUCGCCAGCGCCCGCAUAUGAUGAUGAAAGCCUCCCGCAGGGCCUCUGCUCUGCCUUCGCUUUCCAUUUCCGUCCCGCACUCUGUUUCCUCGGCUGUUGCUGUAAGGACAGAUGACGAGAAGGAUGCGCAAUCGCCCAUUGAGCCAGGCCCCCAGAAGGAACCUCCUAAGGACACUGUCGAACGGACAAAGACUGUGACUUUUUCGGAGCCAGAAGGAGACGAAGAAGAAGCCCAAUUUUCUGAUCAAUCAUCCAUCUGCCAAUCGCCCAGCUGGGCUGUUUAUGGUCAGAGCAAGAAGAAGGACAAGAAGCGCGAAGCCGCCGAGAAAAAGAAGGAGGAGAAUCGCCAAGAGAAGGCCGGCAGAAAAUCUUUUACCAGGAGGCUUAGCAAGGCACCCCCGCAAAGUACUGCCCAGGGCCGACCUUCAAUAUCGACUGAACGGUCCCUGUCCGCUCCUGAGUUGGAUCAACAUCAGAAGCUCAGCGACAGGAAUUUAAGCCGUACCACCAGUCACUAUCCUCCCGACUCCAUGACAAAUCACCAUAACCUCUUGAAGCACCCGGCGGCAGAGGAGAACAGCAAGCCCAAGAGCAAAGGUUUCUUUUCCGGCUUCAGACUGCCCGGAAAUAGCUCAAACACCAGCCAGAAGACAGAUUCCAGUGCCAGGGCCAGCAUGGAAGACGUAAGCUCACUUCGGGCGGGUACAGCAUACGCCCUGCACAAGUCCGGACAAAGAGGUGACAUGGAUUUUCUAAAUCCGCGCAAGCCGCCUUCCAUCUUGUCAAACUCUUCCUCGUCGCAAUCGCAGUCAUCGCAAGAGUUGAAGCAGACAAAGGAACGCAGAUCAUCCAACCAUGGUCGCAGCAACUCUCUACUGGCUAGGCUGAAAGGACCCUCAUACUUGUACGCCAAACACUCGGAUUCGAGCGAAGAGGCGACGCAGAAGCGCCCCGAAUCCGCUGGAAAGACCGAGUCUCUGGCAGAUACGCAUACAGUGAGCCAGAGCGCGACCCAUGCAGUGCCUGCGGCUGCGCCUAAUGUCCCUCAAAGUAAUGAUCAACGUGAAGGAGGACAAACAAUUCGAGGAAGACAGCUUCAGGUUCAAGCAAACAUUCUCCAGUCGCGAGACUCUAGCAGCGACUCCGGGAGGGGAGAUUUUGUGAAUACUCGCCAUUUGUACACCAGGCAUCAAGUUCCAGAGGCGCCCAUUGCAAAUGAGAGUCGACGACGACCGCCGAACAAGAAAAUGCAGGCCGGAGGUCAGCAGCCCGAGUCCUCUGCGCUGCCGAUACCGUCACCGAGACAAGCUCUUUUUGAUAAUUCCAACGAUCAUCAUGCCAAAGAAACGCGGCGCAACUUUGUUCAUGUAGGCCAGCCACAAAGUCCUGUCCAGCCUCAAGUCCGGAUGGCUGAAGUACCUUCCCCGGCCAUGAGCCCCCGGAGCAAUAGAAGUUAUGCUAGCGUGUAUACGGAUGCAGUUGAUCAGCUCUCAGAGUCUCAUAGUUUCCAUACGGAAAGCGAGAAAUUUUCUGAUCAUGCCCAUGCAACCAUAAUUCGACCUGACUCACGGAGGGGAGACAGGAAUGGGCUUGGGCCCAACAGGAUCGGUCUGAAGCCUAUUGCACCACCUGCGUCAACUCAUGACCAUGGUGAGCUGAGGCGGUCCCCGCGCGUCACAGAGAUGAGAGGGCCACGCGUAACAUCAAGGAGAGAUGGCCGUCUCAGCGAGACCGAUGAGACCUCUACCGCAGCGGCGCAAUAUGAUGACCAAACGCACAGAGCUCCGAAGCCAUCUGACUAUUUCACCUUCGUAUCGGAAUCCUAUGCGCCACCAUCUUUGGAACUGCGCUCGCCCGUACAAGACGAGUGCCAGGAAAAUGAGCCAGUCGAGGACAUGUAUGAAGAUGAGGAUCUUGUAUGGGUCACGGAUGCUGACGCCACUCGAGAAGGCGAGAGGAUUGACGAAGCUCGUGACAAGGAACAGCAAAAAGCUAUUGAUGGUACAGAGUCUGAAGAAAUAUGCGAUUCGCCCACCCUUUCUGCACAUGACAGAGAGAGUUUUGUACCGCCGCUUGAUGGAUUGGGCACUUAUUCAGCAGCACCAACGUCUCUGGAAAAGAACAACCUGGUCAGAGUGACUCUUGAGGACGGACCUAGUCAGACUGUCUCCGAGAGGUCUUCCUCAUCCACUCAUAAUGAUCCACCCCACUCGCCAUCACCCGCAACCACUCCAGAUAUCUCUAGACCACAAUCUCAGAGAGGUUCUUCUCUGGAUAUUGCCAGAGGUAGAACAAAUGAGGGAAAACUUGGAGAUGAGCGACCCUCUAAAAGGACAUAUCGCUCAAAAAUGACAGACUUGUCGCUCUCAGAAACAAGAGGAUUGGAGACACAUGUACAGGACAAGUCUGGCGAUAGACACACAAUUUCCCUGGAUGCCGAACACUCUGACGGUACAACGCGAGGAGGAACCCCUGAGCAUGUUCUGUCGAGGUCUUCAUCCAUACGAUCGCCAAGCCUGAGGGCUUUUGCAGAACCGCUAUUGGAGGAAGAAGCAGAGAAUGACGAAGGGCCAUUGAAGCGACAGCCCUUGGCGCCAAAGGCGCUGUCCUCCAUUGACCUCAGCACGAAUAGUUCCCUUCUCCAUGACCGACUUCCAUCUUCGACAUUGAAGAGGAACAAAGCUGCAGCAUCAUCUGUGAGCCUUCCCAAUUCUCCACCAACUGAGAUGGAGAUUGAGACGCCCCACCCUCUUCGUUCCGCCAUGAAGCCGCCUCGUUAUGAUAGCUCAAGCAGCCAGGAGGCAUCGGGCAUUAUUUCCGCUGGCGCAGCCUACUUGAAAGAAGCACGCAAAGCUGCGCCGACGCCUGGAGGUCCUUCGAAUCGCACCGUCCGUCCAAUGUACACACCGAGGGUUUCGCUUUCUCAUCAAAAAGCUGGAAUGUCGGAGAAGAAGGGCGACCCAAUGGCCAAGGUGCUCGUACAAUGCUGCAAUUGCCACUUUUUCCACGAUAUGCCGUCUAGAGUCUACGAAUGCAUGGCUAAGCCUGACUCUGUAAUCGAAGACAAGCUCCUUGGUGUUUCGGCAGCUAUCACCACCACGGUCAGAUGCCCUUGGUGUGCUCAUGGUAUGACGACUUCGUGCUGCUCCGGAUAUGCUGCCCUGGUAUACUUGAAAGAGAAGCUACAUGGACAGUAG